AUCUCAUAACAACAGUUAGAGAGGUCUUGAUUCCCCCUGUUUCUUCGCCGUCGUCGAUAGUUUAGUGAGAGAAAGAAAGGUAGAGAGAGAGAGAAUACUGCAAGAAAGAGAUUUUCAUGGAGGUGGUUGCAGUCGCAGACGCAGGCGCAGGCGCCAUUGCCAAGGCCAAGCUUGGAGGAGGCCCUGAGAGGCAGAGGACGAACAAAAUUCAGGUCUCUAGCACGAAGAGACCUCUCUACUUCUACGUCAAUCUCGCCAAGAGGUGCAUGCAGCAGCACGAGGAGGUUGAGCUGUCCGCCUUGGGCAUGGCAAUCACUACGGUUGUCACAAUUGCUGAAAUUCUGAAGAACAAUGGACUGGCUACCCAGAAGAAGAUUAUGACUUCUACAGUCGGCAUGAAAGAUGAAUCCAAAGGACGCCUGGUUCAGAAAGCUAAGAUAGAAAUAUUGAUGGCAAAAACUGGAAGUUUGGAUAAUAUGCUGACUGCUAAAACAAUUACAUCAGAGGCUGCUACAGAUGGCAAAGAGACAUUGCUGGCAAAAACUGAAAGUUUGGAUAAUAAUCUGACUGCUAAAACAAUUACAUCAGAGGCGGCUGCAGAUGCCAAAGAGGAGGGUGCAGACGGCAAAGAGAUAUUGCCGGCAAAACCUGGAAGUUUGGAUGAUAAGCUGACUGCUAAAACAAUUACAUUAGAGGCGGAUGCAGAUGCCAAAGAGGAGGCAGCUGCAGAUGACAAAGAGGAAUGAUGUUAGCAUGUGGCAGUACUACUAAGCUUUGUUUUCUGUACCAUAAGCACUGUUUCAUUAGGACAGAUAGGAAAUGUAAAUUUCUUGCUGCUAACUUGAGCAGAGAGCCAGCGAGUUGAGAGAAUAGAGUGAGAGCAAAACUUAGUAUUAGCUAUAUUCUCUUGCACUUUGCCUUUUUUCCUUUUCUCUCUGGGUGGGAUAUUGUACUGUUUCUGAAUUCUGAUUACUACAUGUGAUGAUGAGAAUUGAUCUGUUAGUGAAAGUUUCUACUGGUCCAA